AUGAAUUCAGGUUUUGUUAAAAAUUCAGAUGGUUGUUGGGUUGCUCCAUUGCCCUUCCGUGAGCAUCGGCCAAUAUUAGAAAACAACAAACAAGUAGCUUUGAAGAGAGCAAAAUCUUUCGAUUACAGCUUGAAAAUUAAUUCUACAAAACGAGAACAUGUCAUACAAUUCAUGCAGAAAAUCAUUGAAAAUGGUCAUGCUGAAAUAGCGCCACCAUUGGCUAUAUCGUCUGAAUGUUGGUACUUACCUAUGUUUGGGAUAUAUCACCCCAGAAAACCUGACAAUAUCCGAGUGGUAUUUGAUGCGUCCGCAGUGUGUAAUGGUCAUUCAUUAAAUAACGUUCUGUUAAAAGGACCAGACCUCACAAACAGCCUGUUAGGGAUUUUACUACGUUUUCGAAAAGAGGCUAUAGCAGUAACUGCUGACGUCGAACAAAUGUUCUAUAAUUUCAAAGUGAGUGAAGAGCAUCGUAAUUACCUUCGCUUCAUUUGGCAUUCUGAUAAUGACAUAGAAAAACCAUUGAUUGAUUACCGUAUGACUGUUCACGUAUUUGGCAACAGUCCCUCGCCGUCAGUGGCAACUCAUGGACUUCGCAAAUCUGCUGAGACUGCUGAUCAAGAUGUGAAGGAUUUUGUAAAUCGCAACUUUUACGUAGACGAUGGUCUGUUGUCGUGUCAAAAUGUUGAGACAGCUGUUGAUUUAGUUAAGAGAACUCAAAGUGCAUUGUCAAGUGGUGGUAAUCUGAGGUUACAUAAAAUAGCCUCAAAUAGCAAACAUUUGUUAAGCCAGUUUCCAGUUGAUGAUCUGGCUAAAAAUCUCAAAGAUCUGAAAUUUGAAAAUGACUGCUUACCUUUGCAAAGAAGCCUAGGUAUGGCUUGGGAUAUUAACAAUGACUGUUUUACCUUUCAAGUAGCGCAUGACAUCAAGCCAUUUAGCAAGCGUGGUGUAUUAUCAACGAUCAACUCACUGUUUGAUCCGAUUGGCUUCACAGCCCCUGUUUCAGUUCGUGGUAAACUUCUCUUACGUGAUAUGAUGACUUCACUAGGACACACUGAAUGGGAUGACCCAUUACCUGAUACUUACCUACAUCCAUGGAAGCAGUGGAUUAAUACGUUACCUGAUCUUGAACAAUGCUGUAUUCCGCGUAUGUAUAGUGACAUCUCAUAUGCAGAAGCUUCGAACAGAGAAGUUCAUAUCUUUUGUGAUGCUUCCAAAGAGGCAAUAGGUGCAGUGGCUUAUUUGAGAUUAAUUGACUCACACCAUGUAACAGUUAGUUUUUUAUUGGGAAAAGCUAAGGUUGCGCCUUCGCAUGGGAAUACUAUUCCUCGAUUAGAACUGUGCGCUUCUGUUCUUGCCGCAGAAUUAUCAGAUCUUGUCAAAGAGCAUCUAGGUAUAGAUCAAAGUGAAAUGUACUUUUACUCAGACAGCAAAAUAGUGUUAGGUUACUUGACAAAUGAGUCAAAGAGAUUUCAUGUAUACGUUGGAAACCGAGUGCGACGAAUUCGAGUCUCUUGUGAUCCAAAACGAUGGAGUCAUGUUUCAACUGAAAAUAAUCCAGCAGAUAUUGCAACACGUGGAAUUAACCCUGCAGAGUUAUCAAAUAGUUUAUGGAUAAAGGGACCAGCAUUUCUUUAUGACAUAUCCCUUGAAAAUUUAGAUAACGGUCCACAUCAGUUGGUUGAUGUUGAUAGUGACAAGGAGAUUCGCCCAGAGGUGCAAGUAGCUAAAACACAAACUGUAGCUCAAAAUAAUGUACAUAGAUUAGGGACACACAGAUUCUCAAAGUUUUCAGAAUGGAGAACUUAA